AUGUUACCCUCAGCGUCCUCGGCGCCUUCCGCACGGACAGCCGACGGAAGCGCGAAAGCUGGACCAUCAUCCGCAGAUGCAGACGAGACUCUGAACAAGGGGAUCGCGCGCAACGUCGAUCAACGACCAGAAUCUAGUAUUGCAGCCGCAGGUGAAGCGAUUUCAUCUGCCCCCGGUCGCAGAGCACCAGCAGACAUACCGUCAUCGAGCACGACCCCUGCUGGCAGCACGAUGGCUGGCACAUCAAAUAAACUACGGCCCGCCGGCGCUGUGCACAUACCGCCUCUGAAGCUGAACCUGCCGCAGGAGCCACCACAAAGUGUUCUUUCAGCGCAAACCUCAGCUUCUUUUGGUCGACAAGAAGAUGCCAACAACAAUUUUCCAAACACGACCUCGUCAGCCUUCUCGUUCGGCUCAUCAUCUAGUACAGGACAGCUUGCGCGACCCGCGGCCAAUAUUCUUCAUCCCGCCCAGCAAACGCAAAACUUGUCCGCUGCCGCGGCUUCGGGCGGAACAGGCACGACUUCCAGCCGGCAGAGCGCCAAUCAACUCCUGCUUCGCAAGGGGUUUUUGAAAAAGCGGGAAAUCAAACCAGUCAAUCCGGACCACCCGAUCGUUUUCCUUGACAUCCUAUGCAUUGCAAAUAUGUCUCAGUCUGGAAGCAGGAUGCAAACUUGUCAUGCACAUUUUGAAUGACGCAAAAAUCUGUGAUGCGUGGACGGCAAAAGUUGCCCACUUUGUGUCACCGAAGCAGGGGAUUUCUCAUGCGGAUUAGGCUUUGAGAUAACUUCUCGAACCUGUAAUGCUAGGGCGUGCAUGCCAGACCUUUCGGGUCACGGAAAAACAGCAUGAGAAACUUCUGCGGUGGUCUACUUCCAGACCCAGACAUAUGUGCAUUUGAUAUAUCCGCAUCGGCAGCCGGGAGGUGGGAAGGUUGGAGAUCGAACUGAACACCACGGUGACACCGAAAACCGCGGAAAAUUUUCGCUGUCUGUGCACAGGUAUGCAUUGCAAAAGUAUCGUGGUAUGUACAAAUUGCAUUACAAAUUUUUCCAAGAACGAAAAUGGAGUUUGUAAUGCUGAUUUCGCUUCGGAGCACGAUCUGUCAUGCGUGAUCGCAAUAAUUUUAAUUACUACGAGCGCGAUACUUUUGCAUUGCAUAACGGGCGAGCUAGGUUUGAGCCGGGGGUACUACGUCGGGUUGCACUACCUGGACCACAAGUUCUUUCGGGUGUGCCCGAAAAUUUUCGCCCAGGCGGGGGACAUCGUCGAGGGCACUGGAAUCUAUGCAUUGCAAAAGUAUCACACUAGUAUCAAUCGCAAUACAAAUUUUUCCAAAACAAGGAAAAAUGCAAUUUGUAAUGCUGAUUCGCUAAGAAAAAAGAUUUGUCAUGCAUGAUUGCAAUUAGUACGAGCGCGAUACUUUUGCACUUGAUAGGAUCAGCGGGGAGUCGAUUUACGGGGAGUUUUUCGAGGACGAGAAUUUCGAGCUGAAGCACGAGUAUCUGGCCUUGUCCAUGGCGAAUUAUGCAAUGUAAAUUUCCCGUACAUGUACAAAAUGCAUGACAAAUCUCGCUAACUUGCAGUGUCCAACUUGUCAUGCUAGCCUAGGACUAAGGGCAAGUUUUCUCAUGCAGAGACUGCAUUUGUACGUGUGCGAAAAAUUUACUGUGGAUACGAACAGCGGCAAGGAUACGAACGGGUCGCAGUUUUUCAUCUGUUUCCGCGCGAUUCCGGAGCUGGACGGCAAAAACGUGGUGUUUGGUCGGGUGCUGGAAAAGUCGAAGAAGGUUGCGGAAAGCAUCCGCGUAUCAACUGCAAAUAUGUCUGGGUCUGGAAACUUGUGAUGCAAACCAGGGAAUACUGGGCGCACUGUCAUACGUGGCCAAGCAUGACAAGUUUUUGAGGUGCUAUGUGUAGCGUAUUCCGCAUGGCAGACUGCGCUUUUGCAUGACAGACAAAAUGAUCUUUUUGCACCAACGCAUGACUACAGAGGUCCCAGUCAUGUCAGACGCGCAUGACAAAUUUGGCAAUCUUCCAGACCCAGACAUAUUUGCAAUGCAUACCGCGACACGGGGUCCGAAACGGGCGCGACCACAGAACCCGUCACGAUCUCCAUGUGUGGACAGUUGUCGUGAAGUCGACAGAACGAUAGAUGAAUGUCGCAAGUAGAACGCAACCAAAGUUUGACAGUGAUACUCCCAGAAGAUCGCGAAAUCUAAAUUUUUAUAGAAAAGUGAAAGCGAUUUGCUGAACACAUACACGUGAUGAGGCUCACCGAGUCGUGUCGAUGGCUUCCAUUUUGACCCGCAUUGACAUAGUCUGACUGAAGCUUAUGGCACCGUGUGUCGUCGAUAGUUGACGAGGAGAAAUAAUGACAAACCAAAUGUAGAAGUUGAAGUUGUAGGUGCAGCGUGAUGAUAGGGUCUCAUCUUAUUAACUUUGGUAGGUAGCGUUUGUAGC